CAUUUGCUGCGACGUUUCGCGUUUACAUGGAAGCGGAGAGAAAUGCAAAUUCCAGUGUCGCCUGGCCACGAAGGCGCGGUUCUCUACCGACGAUCGUCGGACUCGAUCUGCCAAACGAGCCGCGCACCUCCAACGUUCUCCGCCUCGAGUCCAUCCUGCCGGCCACCGUGCGCGAAAUAAUUCAACUUUCAAAACCUCGACCUCGCUCUCCUCUCUCCUCGGCACCAAACCGUUCGGAUCGGCUCUCGCAGAGACCCCGAGAGGGAUCGUGACGACGCAUGCAAGCGGCAGGUUGAACAACUCUGAGACGAAUUUCAGACGUGACCAGUCGGUCAGUCAGUCGAUCAGAGACUUUCCACGUCUUCGGGCCACGUAUCUUCUUGGUCUGGCUACUCCCCUUCGGCCGCCAGGUACAAAUCGCGAUGGUCAGGCGGUUGAGACGUACAGAUUGGAGCGUCAAUUGCGUUGAACUGAAUUCCGCUCAACAGACUCAGUUGUCCUCGUUGUGAGAGUUUCGCCUUCCUUGGAGAGCUGGAGGGUGAGGGAAGGAAGAAGUAUAUGAGGACGCCGUAUGCAGAGCAUCUUACUGGCAGCAAAUCAUUCGAGUUGUGUCAAUUCAGCAGCCUAAACCUGUCUCUUUUAUUCAUGAGAGUAACCUGCAACGAUCAGGUCACGUCUUCUUUGCAAAUAUGGUUGUUCAGAGAAAUCCUGCUUUCAGAAUGGGGGAGAUGCGAAGGAUUAGCAGAGUGCGGUUUGUGUACGCUUUGCUGCUGACUUAUCUCAUAAUUGGAACAACUGUCACAGAGGCCUUGUUGCCAGCUUGCGUUGGUAAUCGGAGAGGAAUUUUGAGCCCGUGUAAAAGCGCCCUCAAUAAGCCUCAUCAAGUCGUGCAUAACUCUACAUGCUGCAGGGCUGUCGAGUCUUUCCUCUUUCCGGGUUGUCUGUGCCUUGCAUUAAGCUCCAAAAUGCCCCGUUCGCAGAGGAAUCCCUUUCCUAUCACGACGAAUGCUACGAGCACCGUUCAUUUCCUGUGGGAAAAGUGCGUUCUGCCUCUUCCUGAAUAUUUUGAGUGCAUUUCCUGAGGUCUGAAGACUUGUUUUUACUAGACCUGCGUUCUGAAGCACUUACAGGAUCUCUACACCUAGUGAGCAAUUUCGACGAAGAAAGGGAAGUGUUAAUUUUACCAGACUCGAUAUUUCCAAUUACGAAGCUGUCAGAGUUUUGUAACAGAGAGAAGCUUACUAUGCGACGGCAGCAUGAAGCUUUUCAUCAACCUCGGAAGACGACUUUGGAGUAUUUUAUCUAAUAGAACAGACCCCAUUUCAUUACGGGUCUGUCGAAACUGCAGCCAGUUCGAGGAAGUAACUUGGGAUUUCUACGACGAGCAUGUACAUAGCCGUGAUGCCGGUGACUAUGGAGGAGAUCCCAGACACGCCCUCAGUCCUGCAGUGAGCCUCAGGCUCUGAGCACAACCUGAAUGAGCCAUCUGUUAUUACUUCCACUACAAGCGAAAACUUAUCACCUUCCAAGUUGCUUUCGGGAUCCGAUGAAACCCAAGUUCUUAUUUAGAAUUCGUGAUCCGUAUUUCUGUGAUCACUCUAAGCCAUUUGGUAAAACUUCAGUGGCUUCAAUGUUAAGUCAUUACUCCGUAUCUUCGACAGAGACGAUGAUGUUGUAGUGAGAUGACGAUUGUUCAAACCUACACCGAGCUAUCAAGGUCACGUGCUCUUGUAAAUUCGGCAGGGUUUGGUUUGGUUUGGCGUAAGCUGAUGGCAAUGCAUAGAGAAAGCAGUCCAAUCAGCCAAUAAAAUUCACAGAUCAGUCGUUACGAUUUUUGGAAUGCAGUGUUACCGACUUUGCUGUAGAGUAGUCAAUUGUGGUUUUCUACAUGUCGUGGUUGGGCACUAAAUUGAAUCUAAAAAUUGCAUACUUGUAUUGUGGAAAUCACGCUGUAGUGUCCUCCCUGUAUGUACCAUCUUUUUAUUCCACCUCUUCCCUUCCCAUGAACCAGCCAAGGUUCACAUAGAAACUAUUCGGAUUGAAUGUCAGCAUUACGUUUAUUUCUUCCACUUGCUCUUGGUCCCGAACAAGAUGUAUCUUGAUUGGGAACAAGAUAUGCUCUGCGCAAUUGGAUACUCUCCAAAAUUUCGUUUGUGGGUAUGUUACUGCUAUAUCUCUUCGUUAUUCUAAGCAGCAGCUAUGUGUUUCCGCCA